AUGCCGGAAGUCUACUCAGACCACCAACGGGAAACGCACGUGACCAAAGUCAUUCAAUGCCCACUCCAGCCCGCAACUCUCAACAAAGAUCCUUUCCAAGGAACCAUCCCCUUCAGAUAUGUCUCUGGACCUUUGACCAUUUCAGGCUCUACAUUCUGGAAUGCGCCAACCCUCGACUUCCAUAUCUAUCUUCUCGGUACCUAUCUGGGACUAUUCAACGGCAAUGUCGGAAAUGGAUGGACCAUUGCGGUGCAGCUCUCUAUUACCAGAGGGGAAUUAAAGCUUUCUGUGAAGAAUGGAAAAGAAGUUUGGGUUGAUUGGAGCAGUGUAGUUCUAUUUGAUGGGACGAGACCCGGUAGCUGUGCUAAGCUGGUCACUUUCGAGGCUGUUGAUGAGAAUGGGCUGUCACUUGUAUAG